AUGGAAUUUAGUAAAGGACACGGCAUACUUUUUGCAAAUUUCCUGCAAAACUUGAAAAAACACACUGUACCUCCGCGUCCAGACAGUUCGGCCAAAGACAAUUCAGCCGAUUUGAAGUUCAAACAAUUCAGCCAAAAUUUCAAAUUGGUUGAAUUGUCUUUGACCGAAUUGUCUGUGCGCCCUGUAGCUGACAUACAACUUCGAAAAAAGAAAAUAUAUAUUUACACCGGUAUCGAAGUUUUGCGGAGGGGUAUGGGAAUUCAAAUGCCAAUGUUUGAGUCAUUGAAGCGCAGAGAAAAGAAUCCAUGGUUCAUAAUGGUUACUGAAUUUGUGAGACCUAAGCCAAUUAAUGCCAAAAAAGAAACGCUUUUGUCUCUAAGCGAACAACAACUUGUAUCAUGUGACACGGAGUUAAGCAACAAUGGAUGCAACGGUGGCUGGCCGUUUCUAGCAACUGUUUUUCUUUAUCAUAAUCAAGCUGUUCUGGAGUCAAACUACCCGUAUGUUUCGGGUAACGGAACUGUUCCUGAAUGCCACCAUAUUUCUGAAAGAGUUCCAGUGGACAUUAGUGGCGCCGGUUUUGUGUGGAUGGAUGAGGAGAAUUUGAAGAACGCUCUUCUAACAUAUGGGCCAAUUAGCAUAGGUAUCGAUGCAACUGCAGAGUUUGUGGACUACUCAGCAAGCGAUGGUGUUUUCUUUGACACUACUUGUAAGGAAGUUGGCGCCAACCACGCGGUACUUCUUGUCGGCUACGGAACACUGGAAGGCCAGGACUACUGGCUGGUUAAAAACAGCUGGGGGGAAGAUUGGGGAUUGGACGGCUACAUUUUGAUGGCCCGAAACAAUAACAACAUGUGCGGAGUUGCAACGGCUGCUCUCUAUAUAUACUGA